UCUUUUUAAAUAUUUUUUCUCAUCAUUUCUUUUUUUUAAUUUAGGUAUUUGUGAUUGUAAUUUCUGAUGCUGGAUUAAUGAUAAUUCAUUAUGGUUGUCUGUUACCAUGCCACUUAUGUUGUAAUGUUUGUGUGGUUGUUUAAUUUUAAAAAAAAAAAAAAAGAGAGAGAGAGAGAGGGAAAGGUCCCACUUCCCACAUUCCCCGAUUGCUUCACGAGCGUUGUUGUGACGACGUCAUCAGCAGGCGCAGGCAACACCCCGAGCAGAUUGUGCACCACGUGCUGCUCGAGAGGUUCGUCUGUUACCCAGCCGCUUGUGGUGUAGUUGGACUUUUUUUUUUUUUUUUUAACCUUUUUGAGUCCCUAGUUACCGUCAUAGUACUUUAUAAUUAUCUUCAAGCCUACCACUACCCCGGCACUUUGGAUCCCGUUCUCGCUUCCGCAGCCGAGGGAGGAGUGUAUCUCCGAACAGCUUCAGGGAUCGCGGGCGACAGGAAGGACGGGACCAUCGAUUCAUGGCGAGGCGGCUGGAGCAGAGAGAAAGGAUCGGCGAGGAACGUUGUCCCGAAGUGUGGGGGUCUUCGCCAAGAGUCAAAGAAGAAGACUCUGAUGAAUUUGAACCCGCCGAAGAUAUUGGAAAAUGUAUCAGCUCGGCAUCAGAUUUGGAAGAUGAAGAAAAGAAGACCAAGAAUUUUUCAGAGGACAAACUGAAGAAGAGAAGCAAGAAAAAUAAGAGCAAAAAGUCCAAGAAGUCCAAGAAAAAAAAGGUAAAAAGCCGAAAGUCCUCAAGAAGCGCAGAGUCUGAAGAAGAGGAGGAAACUGGCGAAAUUAAUUGGUUUGAGAAAGGCUCUGCCGACGUGGGACCUGAAGCGCCGCUCGCACUCCUGUCUCAGGACGAGAAACCUUUAGAUUAUGGUCACGCAUUGCUGCCAGGUGAAGGCGCGGCCAUGGCAGAGUACGUUAAAGCUGGGAAGCGUAUUCCAAAAAGAGGCGAAAUUAGCCUGACGAGCAACGAGAUUGCAGCCUUUGAGAAAUCAGGAUACGUGAUGAGUGGUAGCAGCCUGCAGGCAUCGCCGCAUGAAGGCCGUGCGUCUGCAAAAGGAGAACCAGAUCUACAGCGCCGACGAGAAGAGGGCGCUGGCAUCUUUCAAUCUGGAGGAACGUCAGAAAAGGGAGACCAAGAUCCUGUCUAUUUUCAAGGAGAAAAUAUACAGGAAGAUAAAAGAGAAAGAGGAUAGGAGAUAAUGAUUAUUGUAAUAUAUGUAUAUACAUGUGUGUAUAUAUAUGUAAAUAGAUAGACUGUACUUUACUACUGUGCUCAACUAUUUGCUUUCAUUUGUUUUCAUGUGGCGAAUCUGAGCUAUUAAAAGUUAUUGUUUUGCGACAACAUGUACAAAAUGCCUUAUAAUAUGGCUGGAGAGAAAACUCCAGCUACCAACCAAAUAUGACCCU